AGACAAAGCGAGAAGACAUUGUACUCAUUCUUCGGAAACCACAAAUUCUUUCCAACUCAACUCACAGUCACAACGACAACCACACGAUACUGAGAUUCUUACGUCUGGAACGUUUUAGAUUCUUAACUUCACAACUCAAAAAAAACUCACUCAAGAUGUACGCCAACGCAAUCGUCGCCUUCGGCCUGGCCACCCUCGCCAGUGCCCAUAUGAAGAUGAGCAAGCCCGUCCCUUACGACAACGCCAACCUCGACAACAGCCCUCUUAUCGAGGACGGCAGCAACUUCCCCUGCAAGUCUAGCAGCUACAAUGCCGCGGGAGCAUCCAACGUCUACGCCCAGGGUGCCACUGGCGAGCUGGCUUUCAUUGGCUCUGCUGUCCACGGUGGCGGCUCUUGCCAGGUCUCCAUCACUUGGGAUGCUAAGCCCGACAAGAACAGUGUCUGGAAGGUUAUCAAGUCUAUUGAGGGAGGCUGCCCGGCCAAGAACACUGCCGGCAACCUCGGUGACAAUGCCAACCAGCAGGGCAAGGAUACCUAUGACUUCACGAUUCCCAAGGACAUGCCCGCUGGCAACGGUACUAUCGCCUGGACCUGGUUCAACAAGGUUGGAAACCGUGAGAUGUACAUGAACUGCGGACCCGUCACCAUCACUGGCUCCGGUGGCUCUCAGGAGGCCUACAACGCUCUACCCGACAUGAUGGUUGCCAACUUGAAGGGCAUCAACGACUGCACUGUGUCCGAAAACAUCGACGUUACCUUCCCCAAUGCCGGCGACUCUGUCGACGUCUUCGGCACUAACUUGGGCCCCCCCAACGGCACUUCCUGCGGCACCUCUUCCGGCGGUGGUUCCGGCGGUGGUUCUUCCGGUACUCCCAAGCCUAGCACUACUGCUGGCAGCGGAGGCGUCGCGCCCACCGCUGCUCCCACCUCUGCCGUGGCUUCCUCUAAGCCGUCUGCUUCCAAGCCUACCGGCAACGCCUCCCUCCCCGGCGGUGUCUUCAUCACUGUCCCCGCCAACGGUGGAGCCUCCGCCACUCCCACCGCUUCCGCUUCUGCUACCAAGGCACCAGCAGUCACUCCCAGUGCUGCCCCUUCUGCCGCUCCCUCCGCAGCUCCCUCGUCUGGUACUGGCAGCGGCAGCGGCAACGGCACUACCGCUGGUGCCCAGACUGUUGGCGCUGCCUGCACCGAUGAGGGCGCCUGGAACUGUGUCGGAGGCAGCUCCUUCCAGCGUUGCGCCAGCGGCACCUGGUCCUCCGUCCAGGCCCUUGCCGGCGGCACUUCUUGCACUGCUGGCAUCAGCUCCGAGCUGAGCAUGGUUGUGACCCGAAACGGCCGCAAGCGUGCCCUCCGCCAGCGCUCCCUUCGCUUCCGUUCCGCCUAAGCUGGUCGAUGGCGAACACUCUUUCAUGAACGGUUUAGCAUUUACGGGAUAUGAUACCUCGGGGAUACAUUGGACAAAGUCAUGACAACAUACAAUGCACUGCACAAACACUUGGGGCGUUUCAUUUUCUUUCUUGAACAUUUACGACAAAAUUCUGUACAUAUACAUUCCAUCAUUAUUGGUAUGCCCAUUUGGGGGCACAUUGUUUGGAUCGACAGGCCUGAGAAAAGUAGCACGAGAAGAUCAAUAGCAUAACACAUGCUCAUAAAACAUUUCCCCAAUGAAUUUCGCCAUGUGAAUCCUAAAAAGUCCCAUGCCUGAUCUCUCACUCAUCGAUCCACACACACCAAACCCCAAGCUUUCAGCUCUAUCUCCCGUCA